GAAAUUAAACAAUUCCACGCAUUUUUGUCGUAUUUUUCGACGUGUGGUCGUUUUUCUUUAUCGAUAGUGAUUUUGUCAUUUCGCAAAAAUGUAUCGACGAGAAAAUAUCAAUUUUUCGCAUCCGCCGCAGUUGAAAUCGCCGCCUCCUAUGUCUUCGCCAUUGGAUUCCAACAGGUCUUACCGCUGGACGUCAUUAACUGCAGCUAAUAAUUCAAAAUUCGCGGACACUCCCGUAAAGGAAACACCACAAAAGCCUGAUAUGAGCUGGUGGUCUCCGUCACGCGGUGACACUUGGCGUCUGAACGCUCCUCGUGGGAGAACUCUGGAUCUCGUUGCUGCAUUCGAUCAAUGUUCUCGUCAAGAUCAACUGGAUUCUCCAAGAUAUGCGAAUUUGGGCCGGUACCGCAGAAAUAGCGAACCUAUGCAGGAUAAUGAAAAAGAAGUUGUGACUACCAAUUUUAUAGACGAUUCAAUGAUCGAAGAUCACGAAGAAUACGAGGAGCACGAUAUCGAGUUGGGAACCGAUUUUUACGAUCCACACAUGAUUAGGCAUCAUCGGUCUUCUGAGAGGUUUGAGCAGAGUUUGGGUACAGGACAGCAAAUUGAAACAAUUCAUAUCUCCACGAGACUUGUGCCACAGUUGAAAAGAGUGCCAAAUUCGGAUUACGCUAAUGACGGACGUGGUGAUAUGAAAGAGUAUGGGUCGAUUUCCAAGAAAAACGAGACUCCAAUUUUGGAUGGGACUCCAAAAAGACCUAGCCCAUUAACCACUCGUAAUAUCCACAAAGUUGACAUUAAUCGAAUGGAUCACUUAAUGAAGACUGAAAAUACUGUUGCUGGAUUCAUUACUUUGACCCCACAAGUAUCCAAGGUCACGCAUAAAAGCGACUUUUCCAAACAUUUCGGACAAGAGGAAUCAGUUCGUGCUUCUCCCAUGAGUCGACGUAAUCGCCGUGGUACCCAGACCAUUGUUCUUCCUUCAUUCGAUUCACCUGCUUCGGUCAGAAAGUCUAUUCCAUCGCCUGGUCUUCCAACAAAGACUGAUAUUCGUUCACCAUCUUCUCUUGUCAAAUCAAUUGCAAACGAUUUCGAGAAAGCUGAUUUUGGAUUCCAUCGAAAAAUUGACGCUGCUGAAGAAAUCGCACAGCUUAGAAAACGAGCGGACAACAGCACUUUUGACGAAAAUCAGAAUAUGGUGUCAGAUUCAGCGGAAGACAAUGUGAGCAACGACUUCGUUCCUAGAAUCAGUCAUCUAGAAAUGCAUCCAAGUGUUCACAUGGGAAUUAGUGGUUAUGCAAAGAAAAAUCAUGUGCCCUAUGGAGAGAGCAAUGAAGAAGUUCUUUAUUCUCUUCCUAUUAAAAAACAAUCGAGGAAUGUGGAUAGGGAAGGAAUGGACCAAACUGACGAAAUUUUGUUGACACCAAGAGCGAUUACUAUGCGUCAGAGUCUUCCAUUUUCUGAUAUACCAGAAGAGCGCACUUGUGAUAAAAUUGAUGAGAUGUUCGACUUUGUUGAAGUUCCGACUGGAGAUUAUGAUGACAAAACUACGCUUGAACGUACAGUUGAUGGUUAUGCUGAAGUUAAAUCUCAGAAAAGUCCAAACAAGAUGAUCAGAAAUAGAUUGGAUUUGUCGACGAACACAUACCAGGAAAUUGAAUUCGAGAAAGACACCACACCAUACAUGCAGGAGUUUGAAGAAGAUGGUACAGGUUAUAGUGCUUCGUCUAGUGGUCCUCAAUUCACACGCUCUCCCACUCUCGUUACACCUCACGCUGGCCAAUCUGUUGCGGAAUAUCGUGUCUCUGACAAGGAAGGAUGUGCUAAAACGGAGAAAGUUGUUGUACAAAAAAUGUCUCAACCUUCGGCUCUUGCUACUUCAACUCCGAAAGGAACGUUUGCGUGGCGUAAUAAGAAUCAGUCAAACGCUGCGGAUGAUUCAUUUGUCAGCUCAAUCAGCAACUUCUCUGCAGCUGAUAAGAUCAACGACUCCAAACGUCAGAUAUCCAAGCUAAUAGAAACAAUCGAGAAAACACGGAAGCAUAUUCAACUCGCUGAAAUUUCGCUCAUCGAUGCUAAAAGAGCCCAAAUGGUUGUCCAAGAACUUGCAUCUCAGAGAGUAUUGCUUAUUUGUCGGGAGCGACUGAAGUUGCAGCUUGACGAAGUUCGACGCCUUCAAGCUUUAUCGGUUGUUCGUCAUCCACCUCCUCCAAUCAACCGACACUUCAAGUCUGCAAUGGUGAUUUCGAAUAUUGCUAUCCAUCUCAAUAAAAAUUUCAAUUGUCGUGGUUCAUUCGCUUUCAUCGUCGCACUGAAGUGUCGCACAGAAAUCGAAGCAACCGGAGUUGUCACACUUCUUGCUCAUUACCAGACAAGAAUGCAUGUCAUUCACUUCGGAGAACAUAUGCAUUUCUCGAAUCUUCCUGUCGAUUUUGUUAUUGCCAUGGAGGUGUACAUGAUGCGUGUUCCCGAGUACAAGGCUCCUGAAAAGACAUGUGCAGCAGUAUUGGCGGCCAAGUUCCGGAAUUUGUUGGUUCCCAACUCUGCCCAUCGUCGUGCGAGAAACAACAGUGUCCUGUCAAAUCGAACAGUUCUCUCGAUGCCAGGAUACCAGGCUCCAGACUGCGACUUCAGAUUCUGUGGAAAGCUGACACUUGAUCGCGACUCCGCCGGCGAUCGUCAGUUCUAUCUCGAUGAUGUGACGUAUCCACUGGAAGGAACUGUGAAGCUUCAAUCUCACUGCUCUUCGCUUCCAGAAGCAAUUGACGUCGAAUAUCGUGGGUUUCUGUAUUUGUUCGAUGAGCGAUCUCCAAAUGGCGAAGCAGCGUGGGACAGAUAUUGGGCAAUGCUCCACCGUGGAAUCAUCUUCUUUUGGAAAAAUCCUAUUGAUGAGAAGAAUCAAAAAGUGCCACUGUCUCAAAUUGAUUUGACCAAAUGCACAAAUCAGUCGGUCGAAGAAACAAGAAACGGACGAGACCACGAAUUCCAUAUCGAACUGCUCAUUGAUCAGACACCCAGUCUUCUCGAGAAAAGACGAGUUGUGCUAGCCGCGGAAUCUUCUGAUCAUCUUGCUUCCUGGCUCAAUGCUAUCAACGACACCCUUUUCGUUUUGCGUUCCUAAACGCCGGAAUUCACCGUUCACAACAAUCUCAUUUUCAUUUCCUAGUUUUUUUUCUCGAUAUUAGCAUAAUCUCACCCCCAGACUCAUUUCCCAUCACUUCCAUUUGUUCGAAAAUUAUAGUAUUUCUUUUUUGCUUCCUUUCUCGUUCCCCGUAGAAAUUAUUCCGUUGGUUAAGAAUUAUCGUUUCAUUAGGUUUUAUAAGAUAUAAAAUUUCCCCAUGCUCAUCAACUGUCUCAUGAUAGUCACCUCUUUUCUACAAUUGAGCUGCAAUUUGCUCAGAUCCCCCAAUUAUUUUUCGAUUUUUACCGCUCGUGAGCAGCCCAUGACUACAUCAUUGUUAGUCAAGUAACAUUAUUUUUCCCUACCACCGAAUUUUUCAUUGUGCACCGUAAUAAUGAUGUAUAGUACUUUUGGUAAUGAACGUCCGAGAUAUUAUU